ACGGACUCAAAGACAGGGAGCCGAUAACCCUCAUCUCUCUCUCUCUCUAUCUCUCUCUCCGCGCUCUCCCAACUCCUAAAGCCCAGAGGAGCCUGUUAACUCCAGCAACCCUAAUUAGACUUUAAUCUGAGCGGAAAUUGUUUUUUUUUUUUUUUUUUUAUAUUUUUUUGAAAUGGGUUAUUCUAGCUUUACCCUCUGUUACAUUUUCUAAUCAAUCACGUUCUUCAACCUAAACUUGUUAAAUUUUUUAACUUUAGGGUUUUGGGUUGGAUGGGUUUGUAUAAAGCAUGGCGAUGAGGAAGCAUGUGCAAGAUUGGAUGAUCGGGAUGGUUUUUUAUUAUAGUGUUUUAGAUGCUAAUGCUAAAAUUGUAUCUCAUCUUUAGGGUUGGGAUCGGAGGGUUUGUAAAAGGCAUAGCUGUGAAGCAUUUGCAAAAUUGAAUCUCUGGUUUGAAUGCUAGUGCUAAAAUUGCAUCUGGGCUGAGCUCAAUUUCAUAUUAGUACUACUAUCAAUCGGAUAAUUGAUUAGGGGAAAUAGAAAGAGCUAUGUAUGGAAGGGCUGGUCUUGAUCGGUUCAAGAAAGCUCAAUCCUUGGAACCAUUCUCAGUGACUCUCAACAAUUCAGCUCCCAAAACCAAUACCCAGUUGGCCCCAAAGGCCUCACUCUCAAAUCUCCACUCACAGCAGCACCAGGAAGGCCGUGUUUCUCAAGAGGUGGGGCAGACCCAGCCGGUGACUCAGGUGGGCGGUGGUCAAUCGACUUGGCAGCCUCCCGAGUGGGCGAUUGAGCCUCGGCCAGGGGUCUACUAUCUUGAGGUCUUGAAGGAUGGAGAGGUUCUCGAUAAGAUCAAUCUCGAUAGGCGAAGACACAUCUUUGGGAGGCAGUUUCCAACUUGUGAUUUUGUGCUUGAGCAUAACUCAGUUUCACGCCAGCACGCUGCGGUCAUUCCUCACAAGAAUGGAAGCAUUUAUGUAAUGGAUUUGGGAUCUGUUCAUGGUACAUUUGUUGCAAAUGAGCGAUUGACUAAAGAUAUCCCUGUUGAGCUUGAAGUUGGGCAAUCUUUGAGGUUUGCGGCAUCAACAAGAGCUUAUAUCUUGAGAAAGAAUGAAGCAGCUCUUUUUCCUCGGCCUCCUCUGCCUGCAGAGAUUGACUUACAGCCACCUCCUGAUCCGUCUGACGAAGAAGCUGUUGUGGCUUAUAACACACAUAUAAAUCGUUAUGGUCUGAGCAAACCUGACCUACUGCCUAAAUCGACUGAAUCUGGUAGCUCUAAAGGUGGAAGAGAUAACAGCCAGCAGUCAGAGAGGCUUGCUAAGAGACUAAAGAAGCUAAGAGUGUCCUUCAGGGAUCAAGCUGGGGGAGAGUUGGUCGAAAUCGUUGGGGUUUCGGAUGGUGUGGAUGUAGAAACAGAACCUGGUCCAUUAGGUGUCAAAGAAGGAAGUCUUGUUGGGAAAUACGAGCACCUUGUACAGGUUACAGUGAUACCCAAAGGAAAGCAGCAGUCCUCUGCAAAGGAAGACACUGCUUCCCAAAAAGGUGUGACUGAUAAACUGCAGCAAUUCUUAAAUAAGGUAAAAAACACUCCAAAAAGUGGGAUUUAUGAUGAUCUCUAUGGGGAAUCAUUUUCUGUCAAAGUGGGUUCUUCCUGGGCAUAUCCCUCAGUUAGUUCUGAUGAUAAGCCGUCUUAUCCAACAAAAGACACCCAUGGGAAGGUGCCGAGUGGAAACUCGAGUAAUGUUGAUGAUGGCAGUGAUGAUGAUUUAUUUGGUGACUAGCUGAAGUGAACAGAGUGGGUUGUGGAACUUGUAAGGAUUGUGUUAUCGUCCUGUUUUGUGGGCUUGAUAAUAUGAUUGAAAAGUUGAGAAGCAGUAAUUUUUGGAAUUUUGUGAGCUUCCUUUGAAAUGGGCGAUAUAUAUGUUGUAAUUCAUCUACAAUUCGUAGUUGUAAUUGCAUGCCUCAACAAGGGUCUUUAUAAUCUGCAAUUCAAUUAUAACCCAUUACCAGAGAGAGAGGAGGCAUAGGAAUUUAGUUUUGGUUGUUUUUCAGCUUAUCUCUUUUACACGCUUAAACCUGAAACUAAUGUGCUUUUGUCGUUAACAUCAAUGCUCAUUGUGAUAGGCUGUGCAUACAGUUGGUGUC